AUGCUGGACGCACUGGACGCUGGACGGACCAAGCUUGAUGAGUACUACGCUCAAACCGAUACUAUUCGAGGGCAUAUCUAUGCCGUCAGUACGAUGCUUGCACCAGUGAAUAAAUUUAGAUUCUUUCUCUCUAGCGAUUGGGAUCAGAAGUGGCGAGAUAUCUAUCGCAACGCCUUUCAGCAAGCCCUCAUCCCAUACCAAGCGCAAGUAAAAAGUCAAAGCCAGGAUGCAUACAGCUCUCACACUGCAGCUCAACCAAGCUCAAGGCUGGAGGAGAUGCUUGAUGGAAAGGAUAUACAGCCACGAGCGAUGACUGAUGAAAUUAGUCAAUAUCUUGAUAGUGGUCAGUGA